GUGACUGCCUCCGUUCAGCCCCGGUUCUCCUUCCGCCUCUGACACCGUCAACACCUCCUCACUCCGCCCGGUCACCUCGUCCCCUCUGCCCGUCAUGGAUUUCUCCAUCCGCGCCGCCAACGUGGAGGACUGUAAGGACAUCGCGCGCAUGAUCAUGGAAUUGGCUGAGUAUGAGAAAGUAACAGACCACGUGAAAGUGACACAGAGAGACUUGGAGCAAGAUGGUUUCUCCAAGAACCCGUUCUUCCAUGGGAUUGUUGCUGAGGUACCAGAACAGCACAAAACCAAAGAAGGUCAUACGAAGAUCGGCUACGCACUUUACUUCUACUCCUACAGCUCGUGGUCAGGCAGAGCCGUUUAUAUGGAGGACUUGUACGUGAUGCCAGAGUUCAGAGGGAAGGGCAUUGGCAAAGCACUCAUGAGCAAGGUAGCACAGCUGGGCAUGGCUGCCGGCUGCAACCAGCUCAAUUUCACUGUUCUAGAGUGGAACAAAUCCUCGGUGGACUUUUACGUCAGCCAGGGCUGUUACGAUCUGACGGAUAAGAUGGGCUACCACUGCAUGCGCUGCGAGGGAGAGGCCCUGGAGCACCUGGCCCAACCCUAACACGACCUCUCAGCCUCGGUAACCAGGAGUUCAACCUACACAGUGCAGGGAUUCAGACUCAGACUCAGUGAUCGGACAGAUUUCUGCAAAAAAAAGUUUAAAUAGUUGACUGUUUGCUAAGCUCCAAUACUUUCACUUCAUUUCUACCGAUACUAACUCCCUGGCUUGAUUGAAAAUCCUGAUUAUAACCAAUUUUUUUUUAUGUUCCAGCCUUGUAAAAAAAUAUGCACGUGUCGGCUGCACACAGGAUUUAAUGCCAAAAGCUGAGGUAUUUGUUUAGCCCUAGCAUUUAGCAUAGCGUUUCAAAUAAAAACACAGUUAAAAUAUAGUUACACAACCUGUAGACCCACAAAAUACAUUCCUACUGAAAUCAUCGAGCUAGUUAGCUUAGCAAUGCUAAUGCAGGCAGCUUACGUUGGGGUAGAUAAACACACCGUUCAUAAGAUUAAUCAAUUGUCUUAUAUGCACAGAAUCACUAUUAUUAAAUCUUCACAAACACCACUUCAACGUGGAGAAAUCUUAUGUUGUGUCCAGUAACCGUUGCUAAUCUGUGAUUGGCCGAUCGCUGUUUGCAGGAGGGGCUCAGCAAACACUUAAUUGGCUCAAUAAUCAAAUAAUCAACGAUGCAGUUUUUGGAAGUAUUGGAAUGGGGCCUUUGCAAUACAUUUAAAUAGUUCAUAAUUUAGGGACCUUAAUCUGUGGUAUAUGUGGUAUUAGGUGUGUGUGUGUGUGUGUGUGUGUUGUGGGGGGGCCUAUAUUUGAAGGAUCUUUAGAGAAAGUACAAAACAUCCUCAUCCAGAAGUGAAAUAAUCGUUUGCACAAAGAUCCAGAUAAAAAACAGGAUGUAUGUUUUACUGUACGGCUGUUGAAAUAAAAAGUGAGUUUGUGGUAUCCUGUCCCUUUAAGUUUAUGAUUAACUAUGACAACCAAAGAGUCGGUCACCCCUCCACUGUAAAGCUGUUGUGAUACAAGUGUUGGCAUUUGCACUGUUCUCUUCCAUGGUUGAGCUGUGUACAUAGAUGGAUGUGAGGGUAAUCAAAGUGUGCACUAAAGGAAUCAGUGGGAUUGAACCUAAAACCUCCCUCCACGCUGCCAGACAGCAAACUCCCGGGGCUGGUUUCAAAGACGUGGAUAAAAGUCAGAAAUCAAAGGAAAACGAUCCAUCUGGCGGAAUCUGAAAAACAAAAGGAAAAUCUUGGACUGGGCUCGGUGCGCGUCUUUAGACCUGUCCGGCUAAAAUGAAAGUGGCACCACUCUGGGCCGCACUUCUGUUUUAUAUCCAGUGUAGUUUAAAAAAAACAAAAAAGAGGACUUCUUGUAUCACUUCCAGCCAUUUACUGAAAACACUCAGCGUUAUAUUUAGUUUGUUUUCUCUCACUCUAAACAAGUAAGAACCACUAACCCUCCUUUUGUAGCUUUUGCAAUUUGCAUUUAUUUUCAUACUUUGUUUACGAAAUAAUUGAGUGAGGAAUGUGAAGUUGUUUUUCUCCGUCCUCGGGACAUUGUGUGGUCAAAUGAUCACGUAUGUUUGCUUCAGAGUCGAGACGUCAACGUGGAAAAGUAUAUUUGGUGCAUUGUCAUCCGUGUUGUUACAGAGUGACACAAAGAUCGAUAGAGUCCAGGGGAAGAUGAAGAGAUAUUUAAAUCUUCUCACCAGAACGAGCCAGAGCUACAAAUUAUACAACGUGUAACUCUGGUUUCCUCAGUGGAGUCCACACAAUUUCAAAUAUUUCAAAAUCAAGUCAAAGUUCAACCCUGAUUCCUUUAAAAUCCACUGAGAUCUUAGCAAUAAAUCAACUUAAAUGUGCAACGUGAAGACUUUUAAAUGUUGAUUCAGAUUUUUAGGGAGCAGGGUGUGUUUCUCACAAUCAGUACGCGUAGAUAAAAACAACUAUGUUGAUGUCUUGAGGUUGUUUCCUCAACUUUGGUGCUGUGGAGCCUAAAUGUGUGUGAUACCCAAUGUGCCACAUGUUCAUAUUCAUGUGAUGAAUUAGUAAGUGUGUUUUCAAAUGUCACCUGCGGGCAUUCAUUUUUUAUAUGUGUCUCUGGAACGGUAGCAUCUACGUAGCAUUUAGCGCUGACUGUCAUUUGCUCGACCAGAAAUCCUUACUCUAUAAAUGCGGUAGAAAUAACAAAAGCCAUAUUAGCGUUAGCCUAGAGCCUGCAUGACAUUCAAAUGUUGGUUUCAGAAACGUAUUUUAGGCUAAAAACAAAGGUUGUGGUUUAUUUUUUAUUUGUUUGAUUUGUUCAGUAGUUGAGGAAUAAAACCGGUGAGAGUUCAAUAAAACCUGUUGUGUGAAUAUAUAAA